AUGGCUUCCGAGAACUUGGCAGAGGGCAAUGCUGCCUCACCUGACAUAGCUGCGUCGGCCGCUCCAAUUGCCGCACAGGAUCAAGUCUCACAACAGCAUGAACUCGUCAUUCCUCUCGUUGACGGUGGCCCAAAGCGACCUGCCUUGGAAGCGUUGAACGCUGCGCCAACUCACCACGAUGAAACCCCUCGUCUUUCCGACGGCCGGCGAUUCCUCCGGGACCCCCUCAGCCUUGCGCAUCAAGGAGGGCGAUCUCAAUCCCAAAGCCCGCUGCGGCUUCCUAUCCCCUCGAUAACCCCCGGCCAACUGGCAUUUUCCGCGAUGCAGUAUUUGCCCGUACCCGUCAUUGUUUUAAACAACUUGAAAACAGUGGUUCUAGCAAACGAGGCCAUCGGCCGCAUGAUGGGCCUAACAUCCGAGACCACGCCACAAGAUGAUGCUACCGCCGCGCUUGAACAUCUUCGGGGUCAAACUUUAUCGCAAAUCGGGAUCGACAUGUUGCAGGAUGGCAGGCCGGUUUGGAUAACUUGGGAGUCCUUUUUGGAUAGUCUGGUGCAGGAAGUUGGCGUUCGUCCGCCUCCGCCGCAUGCACAGCAACCUCAAUUCCCCCAAGCAAACCCCGGUGAUGCCACUCCUACGCUAGACUUGCCGAUCCCUGCCACCGAGCCUCGCUGUCCUUCGAUGGCUCUGCCUUCUCAGGACGCUGUCAUUGAAGUAGUAGUCAGCAGGAAGGACAUGAAUAAGACGACUUACGACAGUCGAUAUAAAGCCAGGGCCUCCGAGUACCAAGCAUUUGCUAAAAUGAUUGUCACUGUCUGGGAAAUUGAGGAUAAGCAAACCUUCUUCACUCUCACAUUUACAAACACCAAUUCUGCGGCCUCUUCACCACCCAAUACUAAGAAACUUGUUGCAAAGCCGAGCGUUUUGGAAGCUGCUCAUCGACGGACAAUUGCAAUUUCAGCUCCAUCGUCGGUUGCAUCAAGCCGGGACUCGAAUUCACCUUCCUUCUAUAGCCCAGGCAUCGUCACCAUGUCAUCAAGCCCAUUCCCUCCCAUGGGCCCGCCGUCGCUUGCCUCGCAUUCGAGCACGCCAUCCCUGCUGCAAAAGAUAACCCUCAUGAAGGACGCCUUGCUUGACAACCACCAGAUGCCCAUUCUCGCCAUAUGGAAAGAUGGCAGCGUCAUCUUUCCUAACAAAGCCUCGAGACAGCUGCUAUCUCUGGAUGCCGAUUUAGAUAGCUGUGACGACGGCCUUGAUCUUCUACGGAAAUGGGACCUAUGGGAUGAGAAUUUUACUAGAAAAUUAGACGUUUCUGAAUACCCCAUUUCUGUUCUCCUUCGCACAGAACGUCCGUUUGCGAGCAUGCGCGUUGGAAUUGUAGACCGCGACGGGAAGAGGCUCAUACACGAUGUACUUGGCGAAGCAAUCCGGGACGAUGUCACCGGGGAAUUUCUAGCUGCUGUGGUUACGGGCCGAGAUGUAACGGUUAUCACGGAGCAAAUCACUCAAAUAAAAGAACGAGAUGACGAGCGUUUCAAGCUGAUUUGUGAUACAAUGCCGCAGUUAGUUUGGACGGCGUCCCCGGAUGGACUUCACGACUUCUUCAAUACUCGGUGGUAUUCAUAUACUGGCCUUAGGCCGGAGGAGUGUCUCGGCAUGGAGUGGCAGAUGCCCUUUCACCCAGACGACAGAAACGAAGCACUAACCCGAUGGAAGCGGUCUCUAGAGACUGGCGAACCGUUUGUAAUGGAGUACCGUUGUCGAAGUAAAGAAGGCGAAUGGAGAUGGUUCCUGGGUCGUGCCUUGGCGGUGAGAAAUAAAGAUAGUGGUGAUAUCGAGAAGUGGUUUGGCACAUGUACCGACGUUCAUGAGAGCAUUGAAACCAAAUUUGAUGCCAAGCGAACUCGUCAACAGCUCCUAAGCGUCAUUGCUCACUCUCAGGUCACCAUCUUCACUGUAGACCCGAACCGCCGCGUAAAUAUGCUCGAGGGUGCCUUGAUAUGGAACCAUACAUAUGAAGACGUUCACGACCCGAGUCGAUGGUAUAUCGGAGAGAAUAUGCACACCGUCUUCAACCGACUUGUGGAUCAGCCCCCGGAGGGCGAGCAGCUAGACUUUCUACAGCCCAUCGAGGACAUACUGCAAGGACGCACUACCGAAGACGUUAAAGAACACGGCCUAGAUGACCGCUGGUACCGGACUCGCUUUCUUCCCAUGUAUGGCAAAAAGACUCACGACGGCAAGACGACAAGUGAUAGUACCAUAGAAGGGGUCAUUGGUGUCAUUAUGGAUGUUACAGAACUGCGCGACCGAGAAGAGGCCUUACUGAAGCAGUCGCGGGAGAAGCGAAAAGCGGUGGCGAAUGAGGCUGCUGCGAAGGAAGCCAACAGAUUGAAGAGUCAAUUUCUGGCCAACAUGUCCCAUGAAAUUCGGACACCAAUUACAGGCGUUCUUGGCAUGGCCGAGCUGCUCAGCCAUAUGGAUUUAGAUGAGGAACAAAGAGACUAUCUUGAUAAUAUUCAGAGCUCAGCCACGUCUCUAUUAACAGUCAUCAACGAUAUUCUCGACUUUUCCAAAGUGGAAUCUGGCCGAUUGGACGUUGAGGAAGUUCAAUUCUCUUUGUCAUUAGUUGUCAAGGAAGUCGUGCGAAUGCUCCGGUUUGCUGUGGAACGAAAGAACCUCGAUUUCCAAUCAGACAUUGGGAGUGAUAUUGAAAAUGACAUGGUUGUCAUUGGUGACCCCGGACGCGUACGGCAAAUAAUCACAAACCUACUAACGAACAGUAUCAAGUUUACAAACCAAGGUUAUGUGAGAUUCUCUGUCACCACAGAGUCUGAAACAUCUGAUUCGAUCAACAUCAAGUUUGUCGUUGAAGAUACUGGUAUUGGCAUUCAAGAAGAUGUACGGAAGAGGCUCUUCCAGCCUUUUAGCCAAGGUGAUGCGUCUACGGCCCGACGAUUUGGCGGCACCGGUCUGGGCCUCACGAUCUGCAAGAACCUUUUGGACUUGAUGCAUGGACGGAUUAUUUUGGAAUCAACUGUUGAUAGCGGAACGAAGGCCUCUUUUUGGAUUCCCUUCAACAAGCCCCACGGGCCAAGACAAUCUCACCCAGUCCAGAGCGGGGCUAUUCCAGAUCGAUUGCAGUCGGAUUUAAGUAUAUCAUGUAAUAGCUCCGAGUAUGACCAGGUUGGGGGCACAUCUACGGGCUCUGAUGGGAUCGGAAUAUCUUCGUCAAUUCCUCGUCGACGCCUCUCCGUACGCACUCCUCCUUGUGUCGAUCAAGACAUGCCUCGAACCGAACGUGCUAAGACGCAUAUUCUGGUCGUUGAAGACAAUCCUGUGAACCAAAUGAUUGCCAUAAAGACAAUCCAGAAACUUGGCUUUCAGGUCACUGCAGCAUGGAAUGGCAAAGAGGCCUUGGAGUACCUGAUGGCCACUUCUCGAGGCCAAAAUAUGAAGCCAGACAUGAUAUUGAUGGAUGUGCAGAUGCCAAUUAUUGACGGAUACAAGUGCACGCACCUCUUGCGUCAUCACUCCCCAUACAAGACUUUGCUGCAGGAUGUCCCAAUUGUGGCUAUGACGGCAUCUGCCAUCCAUGGUGACCGGGAAAAGUGUAAUAAGGCCGGCAUGGAUGACUACCUGGCCAAGCCAGUGACAAUGAACAUACUUGAGAGGAUGCUUAUACGGUGGUGUCUGUCGCGACGCAAGGUAUCAGCAGCAGUAGAGGAAUCUUCGGACUGCUCUCAGAUCAGCGAACAUUGCGAUAAUGCAGGAAUUCCUCAUGUUGGGGUUGAAGAACAAGCCACCGGGUCCGAGCAGCGAGUCCAGGAUGAACUCCAUGGCAGCCCCAUGACGCCGAGACCUUUUAAGACAGCGAACGGCCAACCCGAACCAUCGCCACUUGAUUCUCCUGCUGUCCCCGGGUUGAAUGUACAGGUGAGGCAUCAGGAAGGCGAGAAAGAAUUGUCCAGCAUGCUUCAAGAGAAUAAGUUGAUUGAUGCGGCAGGUGGUCCAUCCUUUUAUCGUACCCCGUCGUUUCAGGGACCAAGCUCUGGAGAGGCGUUGACUGAGGAGAAUAUGAAGAAGCUAAAGAGCGAGACUAGCCACCUCGACAGGUAA